GUUCCCGUUCAUCACCCUCCUCAUCCUCUACAACUCUUACCACAUCCUCUCACCGCCACACCAACCGUCAUAAUGGAGAAGAUCAAGGAGAAACUCUCGUCCCUUCGUCUUGAAGCCGACAACGCUGUCCAGCGUGCUGAGGAUGCUGAAGCGAAGAACAAGAAGUACGAGCAGCUCCUCCUCGAGAAGGACCAGGAGAUCACUUCUCUCCAACACAAGCUCUCUGUUCUCGACGCCGAUCUCGAGAAGGCAGAAAGCAAGCUCUCCGAGGCUAAGCUCCAUCAGGAGGAGGGUGAGCAGUCGAAGACUACGAACGAGGGUCUCCAACGCAAAAUCCAACUCCUGGAGGAGGAGCUCGAUGCUGCUGAGAAGAACGUGAAGGAGACCGUCGAGAAGCUGAGACAAGUUGACGUUAAGGCAGAGCACUUCGAGAGGCAAGUUCAACGCGCCGAGCAGGAGCGCGAUGCAAUGGAGAAGAAGUACGAGGAAGCACUGGAGAAGUACCGUCUCUCGAAAGCCGAGCUCGACGAACUCGUCCAGACCAUGGACCAGAUCUCCUAAUCGCACCGCAUCUAGCCCCCUCGUCCCCCGCGCCCUUUCUGCAAGCAUCGCCGCGUCCUCGUCCGCGCAUCAUGUAUAUGUCCCACCAUACCAAUUCUUUAGCCUACCUCUUCUACCCGAUCAGAACCUGCUCCGUUCGAUCUUCCUGUAUAUCGCUUACGUUGCCCUCUCACCUAACACCCCCAAGCAUACCGAUAGUCAUCCAUUCCCUCUAGUUUCUUCUUUCAGCGUCGUUGUUUGGUCGAAUCGAAGUAAACGGAAUAUAUCAAUACCAAUCUCUUGGACCUUUUCAUUAGC